UGGUCCCAGGGUCGCCGGCUCCGGAAGCCGGGCUCCUUCAGGCUGCUCAUUGGUCUCCUGUCACCAUGGCGCUGGCUGUGUUGCGGGUGCUGGAGCCCUUCCCCACUGAGACACCCCCGUUGGCUGUGCUGCUCCCGCCCGGGGGCCCGUGGCCUGCGGCGGGACUGGGCCUGGUGCUGGCUCUGCGACCUGCAGGGGAGAGCCCGGCGGGGCCGGCUCUGCUUGUGGCGGCCCUCGAGGGGCCGGGCGCGGGGACGGAAGAGCAGGGCCCUGGGCCCCCGCAGCUGCUGGUUAGCCGCGCGCUGCUCCGGCUCCUGGCGCUGGGCUCGGGGGCGUGGGUGCGGGCUCGUCCCGUGCGGCGGCCCCCGGCACUAGGCUGGGCGCUACUUGGCACCUCGCCGGGGCCGGGCUUCGGGCCGCGAGUCGGGCCGCUGCUGGUGAGGCGCGGAGAGACCCUGCUAGUGCCCGGGCCGCGGGUCCUGGAGACGCGGCCGGCGCUGCAAGGGCUGCUGGGCCCGGGGACGCGGCUGGCCGUGACCGAGCUCCGCGGGCGGGCGAGGGUGUGCCCGGAGACGGGGGACAGCAGCCGGCCCCCAGCCGCGCCUGUCGUGUCCUCUUUCGCCGUUUCCAAUACGGUCCGACGACUCCAAGGAGUUCUGGGAGGGACUGGAGAGUCACUGGGGGUGAGCCGGAGCUGUCUGCGCGGCCUCGGGCUCUUCCAGGGCGAGUGGGUGUGGGUGGCUCGGGCCGGCGAGGCACCGAGCACUUCCCAGCCGCACUUGGCCACGGUGCGGGUCCUGGAGCCUCGCUGGGACCUCUCUGAGAGGCUGGGACCCGGCUCUGGGCAGGUGAGAGAGCCGCUCGCCGACGGUCUGGCGCUGGUGCCUGCCUCUCUGGCUUUUAAUCUCGGCUGUGACCCCCUGGAAGUGGGAGCACUCAGCAUCCAGAGGUACCUGGAAGGCUGCACUGCCCCUGAAGGCAAGGGAAGCUGCUCCUUGCUCGGCGGACCUCCGUUUGCCAGAGAGUUACACAUCGAGAUUGUAUCCUCUCCCCACUACAGCACUAACGGGAACUAUGACCAAGCGCUUUACCGGCACUUUCAGACACCCAGGGUAGUCCAAGAAGGGGAUGUCCUGUGUGUGCCAACGGUGGGGCAAGUAGAGGUCCUGGAAGGAAGCCCAGAUAAACUGCCCAGGUGGCGAGAGCUGUUCUUUAAAGUGAAGAGAACGAUCGGGGAGGUUGCAGAUGGGCCAGCCAGCACCUACUUGGCUGACACCACCCAUACUUCCUUGUACAUGGUGGGUUCCACCCUGAGCUGCGUUCCCAGUCUGCCUUCAGCAGGCGCUCCGUGGAGCACCUUGUCUCCUCCGGGCCUGGAGGGCUUGGUGGCUGAGAUCUGUGCUGCCCUGAAGCCUCGCCUCCAGCUGGGAGGGGCCUUGCUGACGGGAACUAGCUGUGUCCUCCUGCGGGGCCCCCCAGGCAGUGGGAAGACCACAGCGGUCAUGGCGGCCUGCGGUCGCCUUGGGCUCCACUUACUGAAGGUGCCCUGCUCCAGCCUCUGUGCAGACAGCAGUGGGGCUGUGGAGACAAAACUACAGGCCAUCUUCUCCCAGGCCCGCCGCUGCCGGCCUGUGGUCCUGCUGCUGACAGCCCUGGACCUCCUAGGCCGAGACCGUGAUGGGCUGGGCGAGGAUGCCCGGGUGGUGGCCGUGCUGCGUCACCUCCUCCUCAAUGAGGACCCCCUCAGCAGCCGCCCUCCCCUCAUGGUUGUGGCCACCACAAGCCGGGCCCAGGACCUGCCUGCUGACGUGCAGACAGCAUUUCCACACGAGCUGGAGGUGCCCGUGCUGUCAGAGGGGCAGCGGCUCAGCAUCCUGCGGGCCCUCACUGCCCACCUCCCCCUGGGCCAAGAGGUGAACCUGGCACAGCUGGCACGGCGGUGUGCAGGCUUCGUGGCCGGGGAUCUCUGUGCCCUUGUGGCCCACAGCAGCCGGGCAGCCUGCACCAGGAUCAGGAGCUCAGGUUUGCCGGGCGGCUGGAGCGAGGAGGAUGAGCGGGAGCUGUGUGCAGCCGGCUUUCCCCUUCUGGCUGAGGACUUCGGGCAGGCGCUGGAGCAGCUGCAAACGGCUCACUCCCGGGCCGUGGGAGCCCCCAAGAUCCCCUCGGUGUCCUGGCAUGAUGUGGGCGGGCUGCAGGAGGUGAAGAGGGAGAUCCUGGAGACCAUUCAGCUCCCCCUGGAGCACCCUGAGCUGCUGAGCCUGGGCCUGAGGCGCUCAGGCCUUCUGCUCCACGGGCCCCCUGGGACAGGCAAGACCCUCCUGGCCAAGGCGGUAGCUACGGAGUGCAGCCUCACCUUCCUCAGUGUGAAGGGGCCAGAGCUCAUCAACAUGUACGUGGGCCAGAGUGAGGAGAACGUGCGGGAAGUGUUCGCCAGGGCCAGGGCUGCGGCGCCAUGCAUUAUCUUCUUUGAUGAGCUGGACUCCUUGGCCCCAAGCCGGGGGCGAAGUGGAGACUCUGGAGGAGUGAUGGACAGGGUGGUGUCACAGCUCCUGGCCGAGCUGGACGGGCUUCACAGCACUCAGGAUGUGUUUGUGAUCGGAGCAACCAACAGACCAGACCUCCUGGACCCUGCCCUUCUGCGGCCUGGCAGAUUUGACAAGCUGGUGUUUGUGGGUGCAAGUGAGGACCGGGCUUCCCAGCUGCGUGUUCUGAGCGCCAUCACACGCAAAUUCAAGCUUGAGCCCUCGGUGAGCCUGGUGAACGUGCUGGACUGCUGCCCGCCCCAGCUAACAGGUGCAGACCUGUACUCUCUCUGCUCGGAUGCCAUGACAGCUGCCCUCAAACGCAGGGUUCGUGACCUGGAGGAAGGGCUGGAGCCGGCCAGCUCGGCCCUGCUGCUCACCAUGGAGGACCUGCUGCAGGCCGCCGCCCAGCUGCAGCCCUCGGUCAGUGAGCAGGAGCUGCUGCGGUACAAACGCAUCCAGCGCAAGUUUGCUGCCUGCUAGGAGCCCCCUGCAGACCGGGACUCUGCCCACAGUGGCGAAAGGUACCCAGGUGGCCCCACAGAGAGACCUGAGAGGAAAGGGUCCUUGCUCAGGCUGCUGCCCACGAUGCACCUGAAGACCACCUCCCUCCAGGAGAUGCCCUGGGUAGGGAGCGGCGUUGGCAGCCCCAGGAAGAGCUCACCAGGCAUCUCCUGCCCCCAGGCCAGCUGCUCAGGAGGGCUGGGGAUCGGGCCCUCACAGUGGCUGAAAAUAAAGUGUAUGCCGCCC